GCGCAGCUCCAUCAGAAAAAAGUGUAGCCUCUCGCUCAAGCAAUCAUCGGCAAGCGCGGACGUACAAGGCGAAAUUCCUCUGCCCUCCAAACCCGAACGAAGAGCAAACAACAACGCUUUUACCGGUGACACCCUUCGGUCAUUCGGUACUUUGCUCGAGGGAAGCAUAAGGUAGUCUCGUUUGAAAGAAGGCUUUUGUUGCAUGUGAUACUUGGGAGACUGACGCGUGUUCGUGUUUCACGGAUGUUACUACGAAGACGGGGCUCGACAGUUUUUUCUGCCUCUGUAGCGUUUUAUGUUAGCAAUGGAUCUCUAUCCCUCUUCGGAGUCUGUUACGCGGACAGGGAGGGAGUCGUGCCGUCUGUUCCCCUUGUGCUCUAGCUGUUGAUAGCUAGCCUCCAAAGAAAAGAACAAUGAACUGAAUCAAACAGUUUUGUUUUAAGCUUUUAUCGUACUGAUAUUUUAAAGACACUCACCCGGGAACAUUUUGUAUUUGUUGAACGAACCAUUAGUCGAACAACUAGACAAACAUUUUGGGAUCACCAGUUUAUUUGGGCAGUGAAGCGUUGAGGCGACACAACAAUGGGAUUAUUUUUGACCGUUGGUUGAGAAUUGUUUUUAAAAGUUAUUUUAUCUCAGAGAAUAUAGUGGUGAGGUUUUCGUACAGAGCACAUAUUUGAGCGACAUUUGGAUGACUUGAUACUCUAGCUGCCUAAAUUCGUGGAGAAGACCAUUGUGAGUACUCUCCAGACAAUCGCAUAUGUCCAGUUGGUCUGGUCUAGAACGGCACCAUCACUGGAACACGACCACACAAAGAACAACGAUGGCGAAUGACUCGAUACAAAGUGACCCAGGUGGGCUGUCCGUCUUAGAGCAGCUGGGUCUGGACCAGAGCUCGGACUUCUCAGACACCACGGUGCAGCAGCGUCUUGAUGAGCAGAGGGAGAGGAUCCGCAGGGAGAUCAGGAAGGAGCUGAAGAUCAAGGAGGGAGCUGACAACCUCCGCAGGGCCACCACCGAUAAGAGGAAUGCCUCCCAGGUGGAUUCCCAACUACGAAGCUCCAACCGUAAGCUGGAAGACCUGCAUGCUCAGUUACAGGAGCUGGACGCUCACAUCAUGGUCAAGGGAGGAGAUGACAACAAGGAUGACCCACCCCAGUCCCCGGGGGCGGAGAGCCACUCGUCAGCAAGCCAGGACCGCAUUGCCGCCCUGGAGAGACAGCUCAACAUUGAGCUCAAGGUCAAACAGGGAGCCGAGAACAUGAUUCCGAUCUACGCCAACGGAUCCACCAAGGACAAGAAGAUGCUGCAGACGGCCCAGCAGAUGCUGCAGGACAGCAAGACCAAGAUCGACAUCAUCCGCAUGCAGAUCCGCAAGAACGUGCAGGCCACUGAGCACACCGAAGACACACAGGGUAACCAGGACAUGUGUGGUGUGGAGCUGCGUAUUGAGGAGCUCAGGCAUCACUACAGAGUAGAACACGCUGUGGCAGAUGGAGCUAAGAAUGUCCUCCGACUACUGGGGGCCAGCAAGGUCCAGGAUAAGAAGGCCCUGUCAGAGGCCCAGUGUCGUCUGAGCGAGGCGUCCCAGCGGUUGGACGUCCUGAAGGACUCUCUGGACCGGCGUCUGGCUGACCUGCCGGAGGACCACCCCAAGGCCUGCCUCAUCAAGGAGGAACUAGUCCUGGCCUCCUCCCCGGCCUUCAGCUCCCGCCACAGUGCCCCCUACCUUCACAACCAGUACAGCACCCUCAGCAAGCCCUCCCCGCUCACUGGUACUCUCCAGGUGCAGCUGCUGGGCUGUGUGGGAGUGUUGGAGGUGGUCCCGGGGCGCAGUAAGGGCACGGCGGUCAUGCUGCCCUGCUACAGCCCUGGGGAGGGACGCUCCUUCAUGAACCGCAGCAGCAAGAGCAACCUGUAUGGACGCAGCGGGAGCGUCAGCGGCAAGACUCCCAGCAAGACUGACGAACUCUCCUCGGAGGUGAGUGCGGUGCUGAAGAUGGAUAACUCAGUGGUGGGUCAGACAGCCUGGAAGAGUGUAGGGGAGCAGGCCUGGGACCAGACCUUCACUGUGGAGCUGGAGAGGUCCAGGGAGAUGGAGAUAGCAGUGUACUGGAAGGACUACCGCUCGCUGUGCGCUCUCAAGUACCUGAAGCUGGAGGACUUCCUGGACAACCAGAAACACCGAGUUCAGCUGGAGCUGGAGCCACAGGGGCUGCUUCUGGCUGAGGUGAUAUUCUUCAACCCGGUGUUUGAGAGAGUCACACGCCUUCAGAGACAGAAGAAGGUCUUCUCCAGACAGCACGGCAAGGCUUUCCUGAGAGCUCGUCAGAUGAACGUUGACAUCGGGACCUGGGUCCGACUGCUGAGGAACGCUAUCCCCACCGUCAACAAUACCGGAACCUACAGCCCCAAUGCACACAACCUCAACUCUGGGGAGAUCUCAGUGGAGAAACUAAGUCUGGACAGUGACUCUCCAGUCAGGCAUGAUUACAGGAGAGACUCUGAUAAUAACACCCCGGAGCGGUUGCCAGUGAUUGAGCCCUUCUCUCCCCCAGACCUCACCCCUGAUCGCCCUGCCCAAACCCCCCCUCUGAGCAGUAAACAUAAGAAACCCCUGUGCCUCCAGGACUUCAGGCUGAUCGCUGUGCUGGGCCGGGGACACUUUGGAAAGGUGCUGCUGUCAGAGUAUAAGAAGACAGGAAGUAUAUACGCCAUCAAGGCCCUGAAGAAAGGAGAUAUUGUUGCACGGGACGAGGUGGAGAGUCUGAUGUGUGAGAAGCGUAUCUUUGAGACGGUGAACGUCUCCCACCACCCCUUCCUGGUCAACCUGUUUGCAUGUUUCCAGACCCCGGAACACGUGUGCUUCGUCAUGGAGUACACGGCUGGCGGUGACCUCAUGAUGCACAUCCACGCUGAUGUCUUCACUGAACCACGGGCUGUGUUCUAUUCAGCCUGUGUGGUUCUGGGGCUGCAGUUUCUCCAUGACCACAAGAUUGUGUACCGAGACCUUAAACUAGACAACUUACUGCUGGAUACAGACGGAUAUGUAAAGAUUGCCGACUUUGGACUCUGUAAAGAAGGGAUGGGCUAUAUGGACAGGACCAGUACGUUCUGUGGUACUCCAGAGUUCCUGGCCCCUGAGGUCCUGACCGACACCUCUUACACCAGAGCAGUAGACUGGUGGGGCCUCGGGGUCCUCGUCUAUGAGAUGCUGGUGGGAGAGUCGCCCUUCCCUGGUGACGAUGAGGAGGAGGUGUUUGACAGCAUCGUGAAUGAUGAGGUCCGCUACCCACGAUUCCUCUCCACAGAGGCCAUCGCCAUCAUGAGGAGGCUGUUGAGGAGGAACCCUGAGAGAAGACUAGGCUCUGGUGAGAAAGAUGCUGAUGAGAUAAAGAAACAGCCUUUCUUCCGGGGUCUGGAUUGGGAGGCCCUGCUACAGAGGAAGCUGCCCCCUCCCUUCGUUCCCUCCAUCAAGGGCCGAGAGGACGUCAGCAACUUCGACGAGGAGUUCACCGCCGAGCCUCCCACCCUGACACCGCCGCGCGAGCCCCGCACGCUCUCCCGCAAGGACCAGGACGGCUUCUGCGACUUCGACUACGUCUCCGACCUCUGCUAGGGGUCGGAAGGUCGUGACCUCUAUCACAUCAUCAUAUGAGGGUCAUGGGGUCACGGCAGUCUGCAAGGGUGGUCUGCUGCAUCCACCACACUGUGAAUGUGAUAUGAGAAACUGAGAAGGGUCGGUCUGUAGUGGAGUUUGUCUGUGUGGGAGGUAUGAACUAGAGGAGAUUAAUGCAGACCCAGACUCUGUGGCUGUGUUGCCAUUUACACUCUGUGGCUGUGUUUUUUUGUGUGUUUUUUUACACUGCAGCAGCAUCUCACAUAACUGUGAGAAGGGGCCCAUCAAGAGGACAAGUGGUUGAUGGGAAAUGAAGUUCUGUUACAAUGAGACAUGACUAUGUUUUCCAAAGGAAAAGAAGAAAGAAAAAAAGAAGCUGUGAUGCCCAUUAAGCGUGUGUCACCUCCUCCCUAUCUAGAACACUCCAAUGGCUGUGUCCUUACAAGAACUUGUCAUAACAUGUGUAACUUCUACUACACAGUCAACCCCUUUAACUUUGCCUUCCAGUUCCAUCCUCCUUUGUGCCAGUGUUGUAGUCUGCUCUGAGGAUAGAGGAGGAUCUCCAUGUAACGUUCAGGGUUGGGAUCCAUUCCAUUUCAAUUCAGUCAAUUCAGGAAAUCAAUUGGAAUUUCAGUUUAUUUCCUGGAUUGAAAUGGAAUGGACCCCAACCCUGGUUCCUUCAUACUGUGACAAAACACAAAUAAUAUUUGGGAGAGGGUGUGGUGGGUGAAUGGCUUGAAAUGAUGCCUUACAUUUCUACUGGGAUCUAUAGAAAUGCAUUUCAUUUUGUUAUUUUGUGGUCCUUAGUAACCAAAUGUGGUCCUUGGUAUGCAAUAAGGGUGAUAAAGUUUUACAUAAAUGCUAAGAGGAGAAAAGGAAGUACCUCCAUCUGCCUAUCAAAAUGGUUGCUUGGAGGAAGGUGAAUCAACAGUGUGUAGAAUCAUAUAUAUAUAUAUAUAUAGUUACAAUGUUGUGAACAAUCACCCAUCAAGUUACCCAAUGCUAGUCUUGUGUCUCAAAAGGGGUAAAGAACCACUGCUUGGAGGAACGGUCAAUUCUGAUCCAACCAGAUCACUAGUGCAUUCACAAUGGGCAAUUGUUGCCCUUUUAACAUUCUUUAAAAUGUUCUGAUUUUAGUUGUUAUUAUGGAGAGAAAAAAUCGACGGUGACAGUGCUUUUGGUUCAGUUUUUGGUUGAUAAUGAUGAAGUUGUUGAAAUAAGCAACAGAGCGUUAUUGAAUUUAUCCGGUCGCCUUUUAAUUGGUCCAUUCUGUGAAUUUUAUAUAAGGGUGUGUCAUGUAGCAUUCUACACCUGUGCCAUUUGGUCAUAUUUGAACACACACACACAAACGAAAGUCUGAAGGAUGCAUGUCUCGUUCCAAACAUUUAAAUAUUCACACAAACGUACACACACACACACUGAGAGACUUUAAUGCUCAAGACACUCAAAUUCAAUCAGUGGCAUGAAGCGGAAACACAUUGAAGCAAUGAAUCAUACUCAAUGCUUCUCCAGGUUGAAGUGACCAUUAUGAACGGAUCUAGGAUCAGUUUAUUCUAACCACAUCCAUUAGGAAAAGAAAACUGACCUUAGAUUAGAACUUAGAGGCAGCUUCAUCCUCCAACUACAAUACAUGCUCAUCUGCAGAAGUCAAUAGAAAACAUACUUGACCUCCCUUGUCUCUGUGUAUGGGGGUAUGUUGUGAAUCAUGUUUGUCUGGCUGCCGACUACUUAUCUUGUGUAUGACUAUACAAAAGGAAGUGAAAGUAUGAGAUGAGUUAUUUAUAAAGAAAAUCUGGUGGAAAAACA